AUGAGUUCAAACACUCUCUUAACUUACCUUUAAAACUAAAUCACCUAAAUAACUCUCAACAUAGAACAUAUAUAGAAGGACAUUUCUCUACUUCACAACUAAUUUGAAUAGAAAAUAUUCGUAGCAAAAAGAGAAUGUACUAUCAUUAAACAUAAAUCAUAGUAAAUAGUAGAGAUGAUUCAACUUAAAUAUCAAUUGAAUAACUCAAAUAAUAAUUUGAUUACACAAUCAAAGCUUUAGAAUAGAAAAUGUUACAUAUUGAUGAAAAUAAAAUGGAUCAAAAUGAAGCUUAUUAAAUGAUGGAAUCCAAUAGAAAAAAUAUUUAAGAUGAUGUAGAUUUACUCAAAAAUGAAUUAGCUUAUUAAAAAAAGUAUUUUGAUGAAAAUCUAAAUGAAAAAAUACGUCGUUUAGAAAUUUCUAAUCUGACAGAAACAGUAAACUAAUUUAAGGAUUAACUUAAACAAUAUUAAUAAGAAGAAUAGAGGCAAUUAAAUGAACAUUAAACUAUUACUAAAUCUUUGCUAAAUGCAAAUAAAAAAGCAUUUUUCCAAGAAUUAGAAAGAAUAGUCUAAUAGGUUGAUGCUAUAAAAAUAGAAAUUAAUGAUUAAUAAUAAUUAUUUAUUAAAAAACCAGAAUUAGAAACCAAAAUUAAUCAGAUUUAUUUAUAAUUAGAAUCAAAGUCUGAUUUGAUUGAAAUACAGAACGCACUAAAUACUUAGUAAAUAGAUAUUGCUUAAAGAUUUUAAGAGUUUAAAGAUGAAGUACGCACAGUUUUGGAAUUACAAGGAAAUGAAUUUUACUAAUUAAUUAAUAAAAAAGUAUAAAUUAUAACUUAAUCCAAAUUAGGCUAAUUAAAGUGAGAUUAUGUAGCAUUUAUAAGGUAAAAUUGAUAUGGAAACCCUUAUAUUGCAUACUGAUGAUAAGGUUCCUCUCAAAGAUUUUCAUUAACAUAUGUCGUUGAUAGAAAAUAUUGCUGUAGAUUUAGGAAAGAAAUAAGAUGCUACUACAUUUUUAGAAUACAAAGAGGCCAAUAAUUUAUAAAUUGGAGAAAUUUAAAAAGAAGUUCAAAGAAAAUUAUCUAAAAGAGAUUUUAAAGAAAUCCUUGACAAAAAAGCAAAUCAUGAAGAUGUAUCUAAGGCAUUUAACGAAAUUUAAUCUAUUUUAUCAUAAAAAUUUAGUUAUGAAGAUUUCACUAAAUUCUAAUAAAAUUAAAAUACACUUAAUGAAUAAUUAUGUAGUUAAAAUAUAAUCGGCAGAUGGCUUUUUAAAGGAAACUUUUUGAGUCCUGGUAGUUUAAUUCCAUGGAAUAUAUAAGCAAUUAAUACAUUGACUGAAAAUUUUUUAUGGGAUAAAGAUAAACCAAAUAUAAUUAUAGUAGCUCCUGGAAUUUAUGAAAUAACGCUAGGAUUCUUUGCUAAAAAAAAACCCAAAAUUGAUAUUAUGGUUAAUGGAGAAACAAUAAUCAAUGCUGUGAACAAUAGUAGGUACAAAUCAUUUUUAAAUUUAGUUACGUAGUUCAUCAUUCAUCAGGAAAAUUAAAGGAUACAAAAACAUCAGUAACUGGAUUAACUAUGAUUGAUUUUAUCUCUUUGCCUUCUCGAGCAAGAAUCAACGUAGCUUAUCAAGGAGAUUUAGGGGAGGGCUUUUUAAGUUUACGAAAAGUAUGA